UAGUUUCGUGUUUGCUCGCUUUGUUCAUUUGCGGUCUGGAUAAACUCCACCGCAAUCCUCACGUUUGAAGUAAAACGAGGCCGUCACAUGAAGUCUAACCUGCAACGUUAGCCGCUCUUUAGUUUGAGAAAGACACGAGCUCCUUCUGUCAAGGCAGGAUGUCGGUAACCCCUCGGCGUGUCCGCCUGAAGCCCUGGCUGGUCGCUCAGGUGGACAGCGGGCGAUACCCGGGUCUGGUGUGGCUGGACCGGGAGCAAAUGCGCUUCAGGAUUCCAUGGAAACACGCCACACGUCACACACCCCAGCACGAGGACGAGGACACCAUAUUUAAGGCGUGGGCUGUGGAGACGGGGAAGUUCCAAGAGGGAGUUGAUGAACCUGAUCCUGCAAAGUGGAAAGCUCAGCUCCGAUGUGCCCUGAACAAAAGCCGAGAAUUCAACCUGGUGUACGACGGCACCAAAGAGGUCCCCAUGAAUCCUUUGAAGAUAUAUGACGUCUGCGACAUCCCGCAGCCGCUCAGUAACCAAGCUUCUUCAGAUGCUGGCUCUUGGACUCCGCAUGAUGAAGAAGGUAUUGAGGAAGAUGUCCCAGAUACACCAGAGUCUCUCCCUCCAUACCCCUCCAAUGGCACCAGCCCCUCUCCUAUGAUCAUGUGGUCUCCCAUGGGCUCAGACUCCUCUAUUCAGCCCCCCAGCUGCCCCCCAUCAAACGAGGUCUGGCCCAAAGAGGAGCCUGUUAAGAUCUGGCCCAAAGAGGAGCCUGUGGAUGUGGAGAUGCACACCACAACCCUGGCUGACAUGCCCCCUGCUCCGCUGCCCGAUCACUCAAUGCAGCCGCCUCCUCUACCUGACGCCCUGUUUGCCUCUCCGGAGACGUGGAUCAGUUCCCUCCCGAUGACAGACCUGGAGGUGACGUUCCUGUACAGAGGGAAAGAGAUGUGUCCCACGGCCAACGUCAGUAACCCUCAGGGCUGCAGGCUGUUCUACGGAGACCUCGGCCCCAUGGUGAACCAGGAGGAGCUGUUCGGCCCGGUGAACCUGGAGCAGCUGCGCUUCCCGACCACAGAGCACAUCUCCAACGACAAGCAGAGGGUCUUCACCAGCCGCCUGCUGGAUGUGAUGGACAGAGGCUUGAUCCUGGAGGUCAGCGGCCACGACAUCUAUGCAGUCCGUCUCUGCCAGUGUAAGGUGUACUGGUCGGGCCCCUGUGCUCCAAAUCCAGCAGCGCCAAAUCUUAUAGAGCGCCAGAGGAAGGUCAAACUGUUUUGUCUGGAGUCUUUUCUCAGUGGGGUGAUAGCCUACCAGCGUGGUCAGACACCAUCCCCCCCUCAGUUUGAAAUCAGCUUGUGUUUUGGAGAGGAGUGGCCUGAUGGGAGGCCCCGGGAGAGGAAACUCAUCAUGGUACAGGUCAUUCCAGUAGUGGCCCGCAUGAUCACCGAGAUGUUUUCCGGAGACAACACGCGAUCCUUCGACAGCGGCAGCGUUCGCCUGCAGAUUUCAAUCCCGGACAUCAAAGACAACAUAGUGACCCACCUAAAGCAGCUGUACUGCCUGCUACAGACCCACCAGGGCCAGGACGGCUGGGCACUGCCGCCCGGCCCGGGCCUGAACAUCGUCCAGGCUCUACAGGGACAGUGAAGCAGCGCACACUGUGAACAUACAUAUAUCAUCACUGAGUUACCUACUGUUAGCAAAGAAGUACUUAUGUGUAAUCGUAUUUAGAAGUGUGCACAAUUUAUUGUAGGAUUCUUCCGCCUUUUUCGAGUGUAAAUGUGUUUUUCUGUAUGUAGAAGUAGGGCUUCAGACCUGCAGCUCCCUUCGUUAUGUGCUCAGGGCUCGUAGACAGAUGAGGUGACUGCAUGGGCCAAAGUCCUGCUGGCGAACAUUUAACAUAGUUAAUGAGUUACAGAAACUGUCCUGUGUCUUUAUGUAUCCAAAACGAGUCAGUGAUCACCAAACUCUCCUCACUGGGCAGAAUGAUUUUUAUCUUUUGAGCUCAUAUGUAAUGUUUUGAAGCAUAGGUUUUAAUAUAUAGUUAAAUGUGAAUUAAAGCACGGGUAGUUUCCUCCUCUGUUCAUUUACACUGCUGUACACUGUCUGGCAUCCCAUUAUCCUGCGACCACACGUAAUUAGGUGUGUCAUGUUUUGUAUCACUUUCUUAAUCACCUGGCCUGCAGUUUUGUUGUCUGUUGUUUUAUUUCUUCACUUAUAUAUUGUAGGAUAUUUUUGUAUUCAUAUCUUUGAUUUUAAGUCAUCUGAUGUGUCCAGCUAAACAUCAUUCAGCUGUAUGGAUCUGUUUUAAUAUGGAUGCCGCUGCACUUUGAGGUGCUGAAUUAUGUUUUAUGAGUAGUUGAAUGAAAGUGCAUUUAUCCUGAUAUUGUAUGUUUAUUUUACCAAUAAAAAAAAGCCAAACUAA